AUGCAGACGAGCGUUUCCAAGACAUCUGACAGCCUCCAGGCUUUCAUCUUUGGCACAAGGAUGGUGUCCAGAGCUGCCCUAAAAAAACAGUCGCCGCCAUUGAUCCGUCGCUCUCGCUCACCACCGGUCGCCGGCUCGCCACCCAAAGAGGGCCAGCAAUCGCCGUGGUUCCGGCAUUCGAGUUUUCCUCUUUUUGCAGAGAAGAAGACGGCGGAAAGAAGAAUUCCUCGGCAAUCAGUCGUUAACAAGAUCAGGAGUUUCCCAAGGAUCGUUGCAUGGAUCGGAUCCUGCACGCCUUGUCCCCCCCCCGGCUUGGACAUCAGGCUCGACUCUUUGUCUACUUCCACUCGCUUUCCCGCACAAACCACCCUCAAACACAAGACCGUCAAGAUGAAGUUCUUCGUUGCCACCGCCGCCCUCAUUGGCGCCGUCGCUGCUCACAAGAACGCCACCGGCACCGGCGAGGUCGUCUGGACCACGGAGAUUGUCACGGCCUACACCACCUACUGCCCGGCUCCCACGACCGUCGUCGUCAACAACAAGACGCACACGGUGACCGAGGCCACCACCCUCACCAUCACCGACUGCCCUUGCACCAUCAGCAAGCCUCACACCGUCACUCCCGGUGUCCCCGCCACCAGCGUGCCCGUCAAGCCCACGGGCACCGGCGCCGUCCCCACCGGUCCCAGCACCAACCCUACCAGCCCUCCCCAGGUUGGCGGUGCCGCUGCUGCCGUUCCCUUUGGCGCUGCUGCCCUCGCUGCCCUUGCCAUGCUGUAA